AACAAAGGCUUCCGAAGGUGAGCAGAGCCUAGGGUUCCAACAAAGGCUCAUAUCAGCUAGCCCUACGAGCUCUCUUCCCCUCACCAGAAAAAGAAACGAAACGAAGAAAAGGAAAAACACACUGGUUUAUUCCCUGAUUUUUUCUCGAUCUCCUACCCUACUAGCUAGGGUAGUGUUGAUCCCUCAAGCCACUAAUUAAGCUGUGGUUUUAACUUGGAGAAUUACUCAAGAUGGGCGUCCCUGGAGGUAAUAAGAGGAUCAUAAUCAUUACGGUCUCUUCGGCGCUUCUGGUGGCCAUGGUGGUCGGUGCGGUGGUUGGUGUGAUCCAAUACAAAAAACAGGAGCAACGCGGAGGAGGAGGAGGAGGAGGCGGAGACGGAGACGGAGACGGAGACUCUAAACCCGGAGAUAAAAACGCCGUCCGUACAUCAAAGCCAAUUGUAGCCAUUUGCCAGCCCACCAACUACAAACAAGAAUGUGAGAAUAGUCUGCAAAAGGAGGCCGGAGACAAAAGAGACCCGAAAGACCUCGCAAGAGUGGGGAUACAGGUGGCCAUUAACAAACUGGAUGAGGCUAUAAGGAACUCCAAAACCUUGCCAGAUCAGGCCAAAGAUCCCAUGACCAAACAAGCUCUACAUAUCUGCAACCAGCUGUUGAAUGCUUCUAUGUACGAUUUGAAAAUUUCUUUCAAUAAAAUGGGUGCAUUAGAUCUCGAAAAGGUUGAUGAAUACGCGGAAGAUGUUGAGGUUUGGCUGAGUGGGGCUGUCAGUCACCAAGCGACUUGCAUUGAUGAAUCUCAGAACACAACCGAAGAUGUCGGCAAGAAAAUGAAGGAAAUUUUGAAGUCAGCUCAUGAAAGCACUAGCAAUGCACUUGCCAUGGUCACCGAAAUCACUAACGCCUUGAACUCUCUUCAUUUUAAAUCGAACCGACGCCGGCUCCUGGCCUCAUCGCCGCCAUCCAAGAAUAACAACAAUAAUAAGAAUAAUCAACACAAGCAGAAUGGCAACAAAAGUAAUCAGGGUCUCCCUUCUUGGCUCACUGAUCGUAAGUUGGAUCUUCUGACAGCUACGCCUGAAACCCUUAAGCCCAACGUGACGGUGGCUCAAGAUGGGAACAGUAAGUAUAAAACCAUCAACGAAGCUUUGAAACUGGUCCCAAAGAAGAGCAACGACUUGUUUGUGAUUUACGUGAAGGAGGGAGUGUACAAAGAAAGUGUGACGGUUGCAGGUAUGAUGGAAAAUGUUGUGAUGAUUGGUGAUGGCCCUACUAAGUCCAGGAUCUCCGGUGACAAUAACUUUGCUAGCGGAACCAGAACUAUGUACACUGCAACAGUUGCUGUAGUUGGAAAUUUUUUUGUUGCCAAGGACAUAGGGUUUGAGAACACAGCCGGAGCGAAAGGGCACCAAGCGGUGGCACUGCGUGUUCAAUCGGACUUCUCCAUCUUCUACAACUGCCACAUUGACGGGUACCAAAACACCCUAUACGUCCAAGCCUACAGGAAUUACUUCCGCGACUGCAACAUCACUGGCACCAUUGACUUCAUCUUCGGUGACGCUGUCUCGCUCUUCCAGAACUGCGAGAUUGUGGUGAGGAAGCCAAUGGACAAUCAGACCUGCAUCGUCACUGCCCAAGGAAAGACAGACAAGAAUGAGGUCACCGGCAUCGUGCUCCAAAACUGCACCAUCAGAGGCGACCCAGAGUACGAGAACAAGGGAUACCUAGGUCGGCCAUGGAAGAAUUUCGCAAAAACCGUCGUCAUGCAGUCACAGAUUGAUGAUGUGAUUCAACCUGAAGGGUACAUGCCUUGGGACGGCGCCAAGUUCCACAUGACGUCAUUUUUCGGGGAGUACGACAACAGGGGACCUGGCGCUGACAUGUCCAGCAGAGCCGGAUGGCCUAGCAUCAAAAAGCUUGAUGAUAAACAAGCUAAAGCCUACAGCGGUAAAAAGUGGUUUGAGGGUGAUAGGUGGGUUAAGCCCAGCGGGGUCCCUUUUGUUUCUGGCAUCAUGUAAGUUUAGAGACUGUAGCUCGAUUUCUCUUUUUUUUUUAUUUGUUUUUAGAAAAAUUACCCAUAAAUACCAUUUUGCCUAUAAAUUGAUUAUUAUUA